UGCAAUUGUAAGUGUCUGAAGUUUGCUUGCAAUGUAGUCAUACAUUGGUGGAAUCCAACAGAAGUGUGUAUUCUUGGUACAAAAAGAAGAGAGAGAAAAAGAGAUUUUAAGACAAGGAAAAAACUAGAGAUUAGAGAAUGUGGUGAUUUGGUAAGAGACUUGACUUCUUCUGUAAGAGAGGCAAGUGAAAGAAAAGCCCCACCAUUUCAUGUGACUAAAGAUAAGAUUUUAUCUGCAUUUAAUUCAAUAAUCAAAACCCAAAAUAGAGUGUGUUGCAUACUUAGAUUUUCAUGUUUACUAUAGAUACACAAUUGUGAUUCUUAAUCUCUUAUAACUUAGAAACAAAGCAAGUGUCUAGAAGAAUAUAUUAAGACAAUCCCAUUCUCCCAAACCAUCUCAUAUCUCUUCUCUCUCUCUCACACCCUACACACACACACACGAAGAUGAGGGAUCGAAUGGAAAGAUUUGUACUACUUCCGUUCACUGCAGGUUGCAUCGCUGAAUCGAGCAUUGCAGUUACCAAACCAACUCCCACAAGAACUCGUGACGGGGAAAUGGAGCAAGAAGAAGAAUAUGAUGAUGAAAAUGAAGAAGAAAGUUUAUCGGGUGAAAACUCGAAGAGCCCUUCAAGCCUAUUGCCACUUCCAAUUUUCCAAAAGCUCUUCAAGAAUAUCAAGAACUUCUCUACCUCAUUCGCGUACAAAGACGAGUUAGAAGAAACAGAAACAAGGAUGGAGAUUGGAUUUCCUACAAAUGUGAAGCAUGUGACUCACAUAGGUCUGGAUGGUUGUGCUAGCUCAAUCCUCUCAAAGGGAUGGAAUAAUUUUGACGAGCCAGAGACGAAGAAUCUUCCUUCGGUUCCACUGACACCUGUCGAGCUAGCCAUGACAACAUAUGCUGAUAAACCCAGUUUCAGGAGUUUGCUUCAAACCAAAUGAAGAAACUAUAACAAAGGGGCAGACGGCAUGCUGGAAAUCUAAAUGUAUAAAAACAUUAAAAGUUAUAUGAGGGUCCCAUGAAAUUAAAUUUAAAUGUUUAUUUGUGGUUGGAAUAAGAAUUUUAAAUCAAGCAAAAGUGACAUUUUUCGU